UCUCCGGCGCGAGCUUCGUGUGCGAAAACAAGGACAGUCACUGUGCAAGUUAGCGAACCAACACGACAGCUCGGUUUAUCUCAGCAGCCUGAAUUACUGGCCGAAAUGGAGGAGCAAGCCAUUUUCUUCCUCUUGCUGCAAGUUUUUGUGGCUCGACUCUUGCCCGGGGUGAACUGUGAUCUGUGUGAGGUAAAUGUUUGCUCGAACGGUGGAACCUGCGUGACAAGCGGAGGAGCUCCGUUCAUUUGCAUCUGCCCCGACGGCUUCACCGGAGAAACUUGCAACGAGAUCGAGACGGGUCCUUGUAAGCCCAACCCGUGCAAGAACGACGGCAUAUGCGCGCCGACGGGCCACUCCCGCCGCGGCGACGUCUUCAGCGAAUACGUCUGCAAGUGUCAGCCGGGAUUUGAGGGCGUCCACUGUCAAAACGGUGUCGACCGGGCAGAUCUGAGCUCAAGAACAGACGUCAACGACUGCGCCCGACAGCCAUGCCAGAACGGAGGCAGCUGCCGGGACCUGGAGGGGGAUUUCAAAUGCCACUGCCCUUCCCCUUACGUGGGCAAACACUGUCAGCUGCGUUGCAUUUCUCUGCUGGGCAUGGAGGGCGGCGGCGUGGCCGAGUCCCAGAUCUCCGCCUCGUCCGUCCGCUACACCUUCCUGGGCCUGCAGCGCUGGGGCCCCGAGCUGGCGCGCCUCAAUAUGAAAGGCCUGGUCAAUGCCUGGAGCCCCGCCCCCCACGACAGGAAUCCGUGGCUGCAGGUGAAUCUGCAGCGGAAGAUGCGCCUGACCGGCAUCGUGACGCAGGGCGCUAGCCGCGUCGGCACGGCUGAGUUCGUCAAGGCCUUCAAAAUGGCCUCCAGCCUGGACGGCAAAACCUACACCGUGUACAGGACUGAGGACCAGAGCAAGGACCAAAUUUUUUCGGCCAACCUCGACAACGACGGCACCAAGACCAACGUGUUUGACCCGCCGGUGGUUGCUCAGUACGUGCGCAUCAUCCCGGUGGUGUGUCGAAAGGCCUGCACCCUGCGCCUGGAGCUGGUGGGCUGCGAGCUCAACGUGUACUCAAACGCUUUAGGUUGCUCGGAGCCCAUGGGCAUGAAGUCCCGACUGGUUUCGGACCGGCAGAUCACGGCUUCCAGCGCUUUCCGCACGUGGGGCAUCGAGGCGUUCACCUGGUACCCUCACUACGCCCGGCUGGACAAACAGGGCAAGACUAACGCCUGGACCGCCGCCACCAACAGCAAAUCGGAGUGGCUGCAGGUGGACCUGCAAUCUCCUAAAAAGCUCACCGGAAUCAUCACGCAGGGAGCCAAAGAUUUCGGCGCCGUCCAGUUUGUCUCGGCCUUCAAACUGGCUCACAGCGAUGACGGGCAGUCCUGGAGCAUCGUGAAGGACGAGAGCACCGAGAAUGACAAGAUCUUCCCCGGCAACAGCGACAACAACGUCCACAAAAAGAACCUGUUUGAGCCGCCGCUCUUCGCCCGCUUCGUGCGCAUCUUGCCGUGGGAGUGGCACGAGCGCAUCACCCUGCGGAUGGAGCUCCUGGGCUGUGACGAGUAGCGGCGAUCCGGUGAUCCGGGACCCUCUGACCCUCCCUCCUCCCUCCUCCAUCCCUAUCCCCAAAACCUUGCCGUGCCUGCACUGCCCAGUCCUUGACUCUAGAGGGCAGCAAACACCGUCGUUGCUUCGAGAGAGGUCAAGCCUGGAGUCCUCAUGGCGGGUGUCAGGUCCCUCUGAAUUUUAACCACUUCAGCCCCCCCCCCCCCCCCCCAUGCUGGGGGUCCCGCUGCAGGAUCGAUGUCGUGCUGCCUGCAAAACCUCCCGAGACCCUUUGCCAGCUAGGGAUGCCUCUAAACUCUCCAGUGGUGGUCUUGAAGGUUUCCCGGGCGACUCGUUUGUUCAAGCACAUCACGACUGUCUCGUUUUUCUCUCAAGGUGGCAAAGUACGGCUGCGGUUUAUCAAGCGGCAGACAGAGUAAAUCGCAAAGGCACCCGAGCCGCUGGCCAAACGGAGCGGAACAUACAAAAGAAUCGCUUUGCAGUCUACGCGUGAGUCAAACGCUCACUUUGGUGGGCCGAUCUGCAUUACGAUGGCCGACAUGGCGUCAUUGAAAUGAACCGGGUUGCCGCUCCCCCCCCUCCUUUUUCACUCAAUUUAUUAUGAUCAUAUUUUUUUUUCUUUAAAGCACCACCCAACAACUCCUCCAUGUUGACGGGGAAGAUUAAAAGGCCGGCAGCGUAAAUGAACAAACCACUAUCAAAUGCUACUGACAAUUCAUGACUAACAAUUACUUGUUGGGGGGGGGCGAACCGCAUUCACAUUUAUGGCACUUUUCAUAUUUUGUGUUUGCAUGUCGGGGGGGGGGGGGAAAUGUGGACAAGAACAAUGCGGGGAUGAACAAAGAAAUUCAAGAGACUCCCUGUGAGCAAAUCAAAGCUUCUUUUUUUUUUUUUUUCCUCCACUGUACAUGUGACACAUCUUUUCUGACACCCGCCCCCCCGCCCCAUAAAUUAUGAAUUAUGGGCUCGUGCAAUGCUAUUGUGUCGUGCUGUUUCCGAUAACGAUGCGUAUUAAUGGGGAGGUGUGAAAAAUGCAUGAGGGGGAAGGUCGCCAACAUGGCAGACUUAACGAUGCUUCAGUUUGACCCCACACGUUUGUGUAAAUAUCGCGUUACCCUGGAAUGGUUUUUGUACGGUUCAUUAAAAUAUGAUGUCGAUGUGUUUUUUUUUUUUUUAUGGUGUGCUUUCCUGUUGUACUGGACUGCAUCCGUUGAAUUCCCGCGUCAUUCCAUGUUUGGCCUUUGUAUCGUUAGAACAGACAACAAUAAAUGUUCAAAUGUACUCCA